AUGCCAAAGAUAAAUUUGAAUAUCAAAGUACUCCAGGCCACUGGGCUAGAAUGCAAAAGCAAACUCGGUCGUCUUCCUAAUACAUUUGUCAAGAUAUCCCACAUUGGCUUCGCAGGGUCGGAGGACUCUCAAGGAUGUCGUACGAAGGUGGUCAAAGGGACAACGUCGCCGACAUGGGACGAGACUUUCCCAUUGUCUUUUGAUUCGGGGGACUCACCCCUUGCCUUCGAGAUAUUCGACGAUGGCCUUGGGGCUCCUAUUUCGUAUGGAACUGUGGAAAAGGCCGUUAGUGAUGUACUGGCCAGUAACAGAUUGGAAAUUAUCUUCCCUUCCUGCGGCGCAACCUUGUUCAUUCAAGUAGAGAGACCUGGGCCGAGCCCCUCUCAGACCCUGACUGAGGUUGUGAAAGCAUUAGACAAGUUGACGGAGAUCCCAGAGUCAACCCAGGUGUUUGUAUCGGAGGCUGUAUCGCUGGUAUCUGGGGUUAGUAUUUCAUGGUUGCAUCUAAUUCUGUUGAUGGCGCUGACCUUUCAACUGUCACACAUGCAGAUUGUCGAAGGUCUGCUAGAUGUUGAUCAAGAGAUGGGCAGACUCUGUGAAGCUAUGUCUUCGCUUUAUGGGUUCGCGGAUCCUCUGGAUGCCAUGUGCAAGAAUCACCAGGAAUUAGACAGUACCCUCGUUGAAGUCGUCAAACAGGUUCUGCAUCAGACGAUUGAAUGCGCGCUAUUCAUUCGAGAGCACAUUGGUAAGGGCUUCGCUAGCCAAGAUGCAUCUCCCUUCACAAAAUCCAAGGUCAAUGAGUUCCGAGACGCAUUUACCAGCCUCGGUGAUUCCCUCGAUAUGGGCUUGGGUGUGCAAACUUCCUUGGCCUCCAUACACGUAUCCCCUUGUAUACCCGAUGUACAAGAGCUGGCCCUCAAAGAUACAUUAAAUCCGGUGGUGAUGGAUUGGUCUGACCGACCCACUUGUCAUCCUCGCACACGACUUGAAGUCCAUCGCAUGAUCACAAAAUGGAUCAUCGAGCCUCCUACCGAAUCUCAGUCCAAGGUUCUCUGGAUCACCGGCCUGGCCGGCGCCGGGAAAAGCACACUUGCCACAACCGUGGCGAACAUGUACGCUGAGAUAGGCCGUCUUGGCGCUUUCGUCUUUUUCGACCGCGACGUAACAGAACGGAGUAAUCCUCUGCUUUUCGUCCGCACACUUGCAUAUGAGCUCAGCAAGUUCGAUGGGAGGAUAUCGGCAGCAGUAGAAGGAGCUAUUACACUGAAUCCACGUAUCGCGCAAAUGCAGUUGGACUCUCAGUUUAGGGAUCUGGUCAGGUUGCCUUUACAGAGUGCUGCAUCAAAUACUCCUGGGGGAAAAUCACUCGCCGACGAAGGACCGGUUGUGAUAGUCAUUGACUCUUUAGACGAAUGCGGCAACGAAUCCACUCGAAAGCAACUCCUGAACGUGCUUGCGAAGGAGACAUCACAAUUACCACCAGUAUUUCGCGUCAUCAUCACCAGCAGAUCCGAGCCAGACAUAUAUCGUGCCUUUCAAAACGAGCCGCAUAUCAAGCACUACGAGCUUGAAGUUUCGCCUGACGACCAAGACGUUCGUAUGUACAUGGAGUCGCGGAUCAGGGAGAUCGCGGAGGCGAAUUCCUUAGACGAGACUUGGCCAGGCGACGACAUGCUCAGAAGUUUUGUUUCCGGUGCGGGCGGAUUGUUCAUCUGGGCAUCGACGGCAUGCAAGUACAUCGACUCCUAUGACCCAGACUCGGCGCUUGAAGACUUGCUACAAGGAGACGGGUUCCACGCAGGGCUGGACGUCCUUUACAAGAGGGCAUUGCAAGGUGCUUGGGAUUGGGAGGCCUCCAAUUUCAAGGAUCACUUCCAGGCUGUCGUUGGCUUCGUCUUGGUCGCUAAAAAUCCCCUUCGCUCAAGCACCAUUGAACAACUCUUCGAGGUUCCGGUGCAACAAGUGUUGGGGCGGUUGAGCAGCGUGAUCCGACACAACGAUAGCGACCCAGUCCGUAUCCUCCAUACAUCCUUCAGCGAGUUCAUCUCUACGUCGGAUAGAUGUGGGGAUUCCAUGUGGCUAAUCAAUAUCCCCCACCACGAGUACCAGGCAGCCGCCAAAUGCAUCCGUCAAAUUGAAAAAAGCUUCGAAGCACCUCGUCACUUCGCAUUGGGGCUUGCCUACGAGAGGGACUACGAUGAAGCAGUGACGUACGCAUGCGAACACUGGAUCCACCAUGUCCUCGCGGUCGUAGACGACGUAGAACGGAUGGAGAUAGCGGCAGCGGUUUAUGGCUUUAUGAAGGUGCACACCAUGCAUUGGUUGGAAGCUAUGAGCAUCCUUGGGAUGUCACGUUCUACGCCCAGCGCUCUUGAACGACUAUAUAAAUGGGCAAGGGAUGUUGGUGUGGACGACACGAGAGUUCUAGCAUAUGACGCAUAUCGAUUUGCAACAUUUUUCGCCGAAACCAUUGCCGAGCACCCUGCCAUGGUCACGCAGGUUGCGCUUCCCUUUGCUCCUUUGGAGAGCACAAUUUAUCAACUAUUCCACGAUCAUCACGAGCUCCCGACGGUUAUGGGUGGUUAUGAACAGAAGUGGUCUCCUUCGUUGCGCGCCUUCCCAAUACUUGACACCAGUGUUAUAUGCGCGUCAUUUUCGCCUGAUAUGACAAAGGUCAUGUCCACUGGUGCUCGUUUCGACGACGACACACCCAUAGAAGGUACCGAAAAUAAUUGUGUACGCUGUUGGGACGUGGCCACUGGCACGGAGGCAAUGCCCAGUGUCGAGCUAGGGUACACUUCCAUCGCCCAAUUCUCCCCCGAUGGAGCCCAGAUUUGGGUUGCCACCGGGCAAGGCUACGUCCAUGUUCUUGAUGCCAGCACCGGCGACCAGCUAUCCAAAUUAACAAUGGUUAUGUGGGCCAACAAGCCCAACGAUCCUACUGCUUCCGGUACUACGGAAUCGCAACUUCAGACACCUACGAUUGAGGGCGGCUUCACUCGGGCGGCAUUCUCCGGCGAUGGCAGAUGGGUGGUCUUCGGCGAUGACUCCGGCGAACUCUAUGUCAUUGAUCGCGAGGCCGGGAAACAGGCGUACGAUAUAUUGGACGACUGCUCCAGGCUUGAAUGGAGGGACCUUGUCCGAAUGUUCAACUCGAUUGCGUUCUCGCCGGAUGGCAAGGUGUUUGCGGCUGGGUCGGGUGAUGGGAAUUUAUAUAUCUGGCGAACGGAAACGGGGGAGAAGCUCUUUGCGCCCCUAGAAGGCCAUAAUGCCGAAGUCAUACUUGUCGCUUUCAGCCCGGAAGGCAACAAGCUGUACUCGGCGUCCGAAGACGGUAAUGUGAGAGUAUGGGAUUGCACCACCGGAUUCGGGAUCAAUUCUACCAAUAUCAACAUCGCCGAAAUUAGCGGCUUCCAACCAAUAGCUUUCUCUCCAGAUGGACGUAUGGCCUCGACAUCCACCAACGGUACGAUCCAGAUCUGGGAUGUGAGUACUGGCAAGGAGAUAGGACCCGUCUUGCAAGGUCACUUCAACGCCGUGUCUGCCAUGACCUUCUCUCAGGACGGGAGCAGGUUGGUCUCAGGGGCGUUUAAGGACAACAUCCAAACAUGGGAUGUCUCGGAGUCUAGGACGGGCGACCUUGUCAGAUUUUCUCGACACGAUCGCCCCCCUCACACAGUAGCGUUCUCUCCUAGUGGUUUGAUAGUACGCUCGUCGAGACCGGACGAAACCAAAUUCUGGAGUGCCAUAACGGGGCGCGAGCUGAAGAUGGUUCAAUACGACAAGUCUGCUAACUUCGUGGCGCUACUUGAUGAUUACGAUGGAGACGACGAGGAAAUAAAACGGAAAUUCAAGGAGAGCAGGGCGAAGUCCAACGAGGCACCAGAUACGCUCGUGACAUCGUCCGGAGACACGGUCACUCUCAUAGAUUCGCUGCCAGACGCACAACUAUCAGAAUUGGAAAUAGAAUGGGAGGCAGUGAUCAAACACUCGAGUCUAGCCGUCUCACUCUCGUCUUGGAGUGUCUUGCAUUCGUGCGUCUUCUACCACCCCCAGGGCGCUGGCGAAAUAGACGGUGUCGUCAAGAACGAUGAAUCUCAGAAAUUUUGGAGGCUUCCCCGAGAACUCCGCCAUCGGAGCAAUGAUGUGCGACCCAACUUCAUAACCUUUGGGAUCUGGAAUGGUAGAGUUUUCGUGGUCCAUAUACCCCAGAAACUGGUACAUAGUAACAUACCCCAGUGA